GGGCGGGCCCGGGAGGGGGCGGGGCCGGCGGGGGCCGCCCCCCGCUCCGUGUGCUGCGCGCAGGCCGCGCCGCGGGGCUGCCGGGCGCGGGGCCGGGUCCGUGAGGCGGGGCUCGCCCGUAGCCACGCGAUGUCCGCUGGAAGCGGUCGGCCCCAGUCGCGCUCCAAACCUGCGCUGGGCGAGCGGGAGGCGGCGGCGCUGGUCGAGCGGGUGUUCGGGCUGACGGUGUCGUGGGUCCAGCCACUCCCCAGCUACGACGACCAGAACUUCCACGUGCGAGUCGGGAGAAGCGAAGACGCGGCCGAAGGUGCUGGCGAGUACGUCCUCAAAAUCACCAAUUCAGAAGACAGCCAGGAGCCGGAGCUCAUCGAGGCGCAGACCCGUGCCAUGAUGUUUCUCAGCGCCGAAGGCUUUCCUUCGGCUACGCCUCGCCUCACCAGAGACGGGAACAUCAUGUCUCUGGAGUCAGGAGGUACUGCGCCUGGGAACAAAAAGUACAUGGUCAGGCUGCUGACUUACCUGCCAGGUACACCUGUAGCAAAAAUUGCUACAAAUGCUCAGAUUCUGUACGAGAUCGGUAAGCUAGCUGCCAGUCUGGAUAAAGCUCUCUCAGAGAAAUUCCAUCAUCCAUCAGUGAAAAGUCUGCAUCGAGGUCAGUUCAUUUGGAACCUGGCAAAUGUUCCUCUUCUAGAUCAGUACAUUUAUGCCUUGGGCCAGAACAAAUACCGUGAAGUUGUGGAACAAGUUAUUGAGCAGUUUAAAGGGAAAAUAAUACCCAAGCUAAGCAGUUUUCGAGCCUGUGUCAAUCACGGAGAUCUUAAUGACCACAACAUUCUAGUAGACUCUACUUCUGCUUCCCUGGAGAAUCCUCAGUACAAAGUGUCCGGCAUCCUGGAUUUUAGUGACAUGAGUUAUGGCUAUUAUGUAUUUGAAGUUGCAAUAGCCAUCAUGUACAUGAUGAUCGAGAGCCCGGAUCCCCUGAGUGUGGGGGGCCAUGUGCUGGCAGGGUUUGAAAGCGUCCAGCCACUCACAGGGGAGGAGAGGGGGGCCCUCUUCCUCCUGGUCAGCGGGAGGUUUUCCCAGUCCCUUGUCAUAGCGGCCCACACGGCGCUGCUGUACCCGGAGAAUAAGGAAUACCUCAUGAUCACGGCCAAAACCGGGUGGAAACACUUGGUGAACAUGUUUGAGGCCCGCUCCCGGCCGCGCGGCGCGACCCCGGCACCAUGUCUCGAAGAUACGACUCCAGAACGACCAUAUUUUCUCCAGAAGCGGCGCCCCGCGCUCUCUGAGCACCGGGGGUCCAAAGUGGGGGCUUCCAGGUGCAUCCCAGCUGGAGCAGCAGUGAGACCGUGCCCGUGCGUGAGCCAUGCCUCCUGCCGUGUUUCUGAACUAACCUGAGCAAACC